AAACAGUACACUAAAACACAAUACAAAGGAUUUUCAUUGUUAUCCCAAAUCCAACAUUUAUCCUCUCAUAUCAUCUCAUCCAACCUUAGCAAAAUCAAAACAAACAACCUUUGUACAACAAAUGAGAACAAUGGCGGUUGUAGUACGCUGUUCCUGCUUCCUCUCUCCUCCUCACACCUCACUUCCUCAAUUUUACUCCAACAACACCAACCUCAACCUUAAAGGAAAAUUCACUUGUCUUUCUUUAAAAGUGAACAAGGUUGUGCCACUUUGUAAAGAUACUUUUGAUGGAUCUUCUAAAAUUUCAACUGUGCUUCACUGCUCAAACUGUAAGGAUGACAUGCCACAAAGAUUCCCUUCGCUAUUGUUUCUUGCGAGCAAUAUUUUGAUGUUCUCUAUGCCUUGUAAAGCUUUGGCCGAAACAUGCGAAGCUGAUAACUCUAUGUUCAAUAUGCCUAUUCUGCUAGCAGUAGCCCUCAUUGGAGCCACUGUAGGAGGGUUGGUCGCAAGACAAAGGAAAGGAGAAUUACAGCGGUUAAAUGAGCAAUUACUUCAGAUCAAUGCAGCUUUAAGGAAGCAAGCGAAAAUUGAGUCCUAUGCCCCUAGCUUGAGUUAUGCUCCGACUGGUGGUAGGAUACCUGAUAGUGAAAUUAUUGUUGACCCAAAGAAGCAUGAGCUAAUUUCUAAGUUAAAAAGUGGAAAGAACUUUCUAAGGAAUCAACAGCCAGAUAGAGCGUUCACAGAGUUUAAUACUGCGCUUGAGCUUGCUCAGAGUAUAAAGGAUCCUAUUGAGGAGAAAAAAGCAGCUCGUGGUCUAGGAGCUUCAUUGCAAAGACAAGGAAAGUACCGGGAUGCUGUUAAAUACCAUUCCAUGGUUUUGUCCAUCUCUGAAAGAGAAGGAGAAGAUUCCGGUAGCACAGAAGCUUUUGGGGCAAUUGCUGACUGCUACACCGAGCUCGGAGACCUUGAAAAGGCAGGGCAAUACUAUGACAAGUAUAUUGCAAGGUUGGAAAAGGACUAAUCCUCACUUUCAUGUUCAACAUUUGCUAUUCACAAUUUAUUCUAGUUAAUGUUCCUUGAGUUCAUUAUUUGUUAUUGUUAAGCUAUUAUUGAGAUUGUAAGGUUGGUGUGUUACACCAUAUUUUGAAGGAGAGUUUAAACUUAGAGAUAAUAUUAUGUUUAAUCUCUAGUUUGUGAAAUGAGGCAUAACUAGUUUUAAGAGAAUCAUAAAAUUGGUCCAUGAAAGAUGUGGCCAAUUUCAUUUUGUUGUCACAA